CCUUGGGGCCAACCAUGCCCGAAUAUCAGGGCGGCAUCCUAUCAUCCCAUGGCUCUCAGAUGUACAAAGAUCAACAAUAAGCCAACAAUGAUAAGGCGUCCACCAACAGUUGUUUGUUACAUCUGUGGCCGUGAAUAUGGGACCAAAUCUAUUAGCAUCCAUGAGCCACAAUGUCUGAAAAAAUGGCAUAAUGAAAACAAUUUGUUGCCUAAAGAACUAAAGAGACCAGAACCGAAAAAAACAGAAGUUAGAGUCAUUACUGCCAAGGGUUUCUAUGAUCUUGACGCCUUAAACGAAGCUGCUUGGGCAAGUGCCCAGAGUCAAUUGGUUCCCUGCGACGUUUGUGGGAGGACCUUCCUGCCAGACAGACUGAUUGUUCACCAGCGAUCUUGUAAACCUAAAGCCGCCAAGUAAAGCCCUUUCCUC